AUGUCUGUCUCAUCUCCCGACAACGGUUCUUUUCAAUCACCUUUCGCCAGCAUGUCUUCGAACGCCUCAGAUCACUCCGGCCGCAAUUCUCUGCGCCCCAACUCCAUUCAGAGAGUUCCGUCGACAAAUUUGAACUUGAUGAGCCCGAGCGAUAUUGUUGGACCUUCACCAGUCACUUCAACUGGUACUGAAACAACAGAAAUCGAGGACGAAGAGGCGGAGGAGGUUCAGGCCCGGCCUAAUGUUACCAAUCCGGCACCGCACCCUCAGACUAACCUUGAGACAGGCCUCAACGGAGCCGACAGUAAGGCCGGAUCAAAGCAGCACGAGAUCAUCACCCAAGACCGAUACAAUGAGUCUUCCAUCCGUCACCGACCAUGCAAUUAA